UUUUCUGUUCUUCCAGGUCAGGAACGCGAGGUGAUCGCCGAUGACCUCCCCCACCCCUUCGGACUCACCCAGUACCAGGACUACAUCUACUGGACGGACUGGAGCCACCGCAGCAUCGAGCGGGCCAACAAGUCGAGCGGUCAGAACCGGACCCUGAUCCAGGGCCACCUGGACUACGUGAUGGACAUCCUGGUCUUCCACUCCUCCAGACAGGCCGGCUGGAACGCCUGCGCCUCCACCAACGGACACUGCUCCCACCUCUGCCUCGCCGUGCCCAGCAGCUUCGUCUGCGGAUGCCCCGCCCAUUUCUCCCUGAACUACGACAACAAGACGUGCAGCGCUCCCACAUCGUUCCUGCUCUUCAGCCAGAAGGCGGCCAUCAACCGGAUGGUGAUCGACGAGCAGCAGAGCCCGGACAUCGUCCUGCCCAUCCACAACCUGAAGAACGUCCGCGCCAUCGACUACGACCCGCUGGACAAGCAGCUGUACUGGAUCGACUCCAAACAGAACAUCCGGAGGUCCCAAGAGGACGGGAACCAGAGCGUAACGGUGGUGUCGAGCUCCUGGCUCGGACACGGACCGGGCCUUCAGCUGUACGACCUGAGCAUCGACAUCUACAGCCGCUUCAUCUACUGGACCAGCGAGGUGACCAACGUGGUCAACGUGAGCCGGACGGACGGCAGCAGAGUGGGCGUGGUCCUGCGGGGCGAGCACGACAAGCCGCGGGCCAUCGUGGUCAACCCGGAGAAAGGGUACAUGUACUUCACCAACCUGCAGGACCGCUCGCCCAAGAUCGAGCGGGCGGCUCUGGACGGGACGGAGCGGGAGGUUCUGUUCUUCAGCGGGCUGGGUAAACCCGCCGCUCUGGCCAUCGACAACCAGGCGGGGAAGCUGUUCUGGGUGGACUCGGACCUGCGGCGCAUCGAGAGCAGCGACCUGUCCGGAGCCAAUCGGAUCGUGAUUGCUGACUCGAACAUCCUGCAGCCGGUGGGCCUGACGGUGUUCGGGAACCACCUUUACUGGAUCGACAAGCAGCAGCAGAUGAUCGAGAGGAUCGACAAAAACACGAGGGAGGGCCGCACCAAGGUCCAGGCCCGGGUCGCCUACCUGAGCGACAUCCACGCCGUGCACGAGAUCGACAUGCAGGAGUACCGUGAGUCAAUGCUCCAGCACAUAGACUGAUCCAUCUUUCUGCCC